AUGGUGAAACUCGCGACGGCGCGUGAGAUUAGAACGUACGGCCCUCGGCUCGGGAGGAGCAGAGCCGAGUACAUCAAUGCAGGUCUAUAUCUAUUCGCCACCGUCGUGCUCAUAGGUGGUUUCACGGCGACAGGAUUCUCGUGGGAGCCAAGAUCCGGCCUCGUUCUUAUUCUCUUGGCUCUUGCUCUUAUUACCGCCGUGAAUGUUCACGAUCUUGUGGCUCAUUUAGCCGGAAUCGAUUACCGGUUAAGGUUAAUGGAGUAUGAUUUGCAACUGGGUCUAGUGGAAUUUGCAGUCCCUCUGGUUCAAAUAGCGGGUUCGGUUGUUUUCUUCUUGGGAAUCUUGUUCGUUUUCAAUCAGGCCGAGACAAAACUAAAAUACACUGGAAGAGAGAAGCAUGCGUUAAACAUGCUUCUUGCGGGCCCGUUGCUUUGGGUGAUAGGAUCGAUUCACAACUCGUGCCAAAUCUACGAGAGAGCAGACAGUCAUGUCCAGAUUCUACAACAGUGUGUUCACAUACCUUUCUUGGUUGGAUCCCUUCUAUUCUUAGUUUCCGCAGUUAUCAAUAGCCUCGACCAAUCCGGGUCAUCUCAUAGUGGCUUGAAACUUCUUGGAACAAGAUGGGUUUGGCUUGGGAUUUCCGGGGCGAUAUGUUUGUUUGCGGGAGGAUUGAUGAACGUUGUUAAGGUUUUUAACUUCGUCCAAAUCACUGGGCUUCGCCUCGAGAAACUACGGGGCGGAGCACAAGACCGACUUCUCGAAGAGAGAGAAGGAUAUCUCCCUCUUGUUGUUGAAGAAGAAAGAAUAAGGAAAAUGGAAGCUGACGAAGCUUCCAAUAGAGCCAAACCCCGGGGCCAGUUAGCCUCCAAGGCGAGAGCUGCAGAGGCCGUUACUGAGUCUUCUCCGACUCCGUACAAGGAUGUUCUCACAGGACAGAGCUAA